AUGACUAACCAACUCAUCAAAGAACUGUUUGAAGAAGGAAACAAGUUCAUCCAACAACAAAAAGAUCCAAAAAUUAUAGUAUCACAAUUCAAUACUUUUAUUCAAAAAAAUUCACAGUCAUAUCAAUUAUUUAUCAAAUCUUUGGAAAUAUCAGGAUGUAAACAUGUGAGUGAUGGAUUUUUUGCUUUUCAUGGGAGUAGUGAAGCAGCAGUCAGAUCAAUUUGUGAAAAUGGAUUUGACCCAACAAAAAGACAAGCAAAAGAUGGUGAUUAUUUUGGAAUUAACUCAACAACAUCUGGACAUCCAUCCUAUAUGAAAGGAGGUAGUAAUCAUAUGAUGUUGGUUUUCAUAUCAUCAAAAAAGUUUAACACCGUAAUAAGUGGUUGUUGUUAUCGUGUUAACAACCCAACCGAUUGUUCAUACUCUUAUUGCCUUCCAUUAUUUAUCAUUUCUUAUGGAGUUAAUCAACCUGUUACUUAUCUUCCACCACAAUUACCACUUUGA